AUAUUAAUUUUCUUGGAUAGAGUAUGGCGCCGCAUUUGCCACUAUUUUUCCAUGCCGGCUCCGGCCUCAAAUAAAUAAAACCCGACGCGCAGCCCCACGCAUUUAAUAGUUCCAAACAUGUCGCCAUAUCGCCCGGAAUUCACUCAAUUGGAGCAAUCGAACAUCGAUGUGGAAUUCUCUAGAUUGGCCAACAACAAGAGCAUUUACCUGGAUCAUGCGGGCACCACUUUGUAUUCGGAGAACCAGGUGACUGCCGCCGCGGAGCAACUGCGCCAGAAUGUCAUCUGCAAUCCGCACACCUGCCGCCUCACCGGCGACUUUGUGGACCAAGUGCGAUUUAAGAUCUUGGAGUUUUUCAAUACCACCGCCGAGGACUACCAUGUGAUCUUUACGGCGAAUGCCACCGCUGGGCUGUCUCUGGUGGCCGAGAAUUUUGACUUCGGUUCGUCGGGUAACUUUCAUUUCUGCCAGGAGAAUCACACCUCAGUUCUGGGCAUGCGAGAAAGAGUCCAGGCCAACGGAAUAUAUAUGCUGACUGAAAAGGAGAUAUCUGGUGAAUCUGGCAAGCAGUUGAGCAAUGGAAAAUCGCCCAGAACAGGCAGCGGUAACUCUCUGGUGACCUUCUCUGCCCAGUGUAAUUUUAGUGGCUAUAAAAUCCCACUGGAUACCAUUGGAAACAUCCAGAGAAACGGCCUUACCCAACGCGGAAAACAAAUUUGGUCUUCUAAGACGGAGAAAGAUGAGAUCGAUAAUAAUAACUACUAUAUCUGUUUGGAUGCGGCUUCCUUUGUGGCUACCAGUCCCUUGGAUCUACAAAAAUAUCAACCCGAUUACGUGUGCCUGAGUUUCUACAAGAUCUUUGGCUAUCCCACUGGCGUGGGUGCUCUAUUGGUGAGCAAGCGGGGUGCCGAAGCCUUUGGAAAGCGACGAUUUUUCGGUGGCGGUACCAUUAACUAUGCGUAUCCUCACGCCAUGGACAACCAGCUGAGGGAGUCCUUUCACCAGCGAUACGAGGACGGCACACUACCUUUUCUUGCAAUCGUAGGACUGCUCGAGGGCUUUCGCACGCUGGAGAGACUGGUGCCCAGAACGGAAGGUUUCACAACAAUGGAAAGAAUCUCCAGGCACGUUUUCGGCUUGGCCAAGUACCUGGAGGACCAGCUGAAGCAACUGCAGCACCCCAAUGGCGAGCCCCUCAUCCAAUUAUACAACAAAGUUGGCUACGAGAACAAGAGCCGGCAGGGCGGCAUCGUUGCCUUCAAUGUGCGCACCGAUUCUGGAUCCUUUGUGGGCUUUGGCGAGAUUGCGUGCGUGGCGGCUCUUCAUGGUAUACUCCUGCGCACAGGAUGUUUCUGCAAUAUCGGAGCCUGCCAAUAUUAUUUGGGCCUAGAUGAGGAUGCCAUGGAUGCGAUAUACAAGCGAGCUGGUCGCAUAUGCGGUGAUUACCACGAUCUUAUCGAUGGCCAACCCACAGGAGCGGUGCGUGUAUCUUUUGGCUAUAUGACCACGUUUCAGGAUGUGGACGAGCUGCUCAAAAUGCUGCGUUCCAGUUAUUUGGCCACUAAGCCUCACCAGCGGAUUCUAUUCAUCGAGGAGCAGGCGGAACAACUGCCACCGGUUCUAAAGCAACGUGUCCAGCAGCUGCGACCAAAGCUCCUACAAAUGGCCAUAUAUCCGGUCAAGUCCUGUGCCGCCUUCAAGAUCAGUUCGUCAGGUGAGUCGUGGCCCCUGACCGAGCAGGGCUUGAAAUACGACCGGGAAUGGAUGAUUGUGGACAUGAAUGGCAUGGCCCUCACUCAGAAACGUUGCACGGAACUGUGCCUGAUCAAGCCGGUGAUUACCGAGGAUCUCCUGGAGCUGCACUUUGGCGAGUCUUCAGUAUCGGUUCCCCUGUCACUGCAGGACCAGGCGGACGACUCGGCCAAGUGCGUUAGCAAGGUGUGCCGAGAGCCGGUGAAUGGCUUGGAUUGCGGUGAAGUCGUUGCCCAGUGGCUGAGUGAAAAUCUGGGACUGGAGGGUCUGCGACUACUCCGGCAAUCGGGCUACAGGAACUCAUCCAAGGAUCAGCAGAAGCUGAGUCUGGUGAAUCAAGCUCAGUUCCUGCUGGUGAACCGUUCCUCUGUGCGGUCCCUUCGCUUCGAAGAGGACCUUGACGAGACUGUGGAUCGUUUUCGAGCCAAUAUCAUUAUUGACACAGGCUCGGCAUUCGAAGAGCUCUCCUUCCAGGAGCUCACCAUUGGCCAGAUUAAUUUCCGAGUGGAGGGUCCCUGUCAGCGUUGCGAUAUGAUCUGUAUUAAUCAACGGACAGGCGAAAGAUCCCCGGAGACACUGACCACAAUUUCCCGCCUUCAAAAGGGUCGCAUGCGAUUUGGCAUUUAUAUCACCAGAGUGACCAAAGCAGACGAAGAGGCCGACGGUAAGGAGCAGAGCAUGUCCUGCGGCGAUGUAGUCCUGGCGGAGUGAACAACACACAUAACUACGGGUAAUUACAAUCCAUAAAUAUGUAGUUUUAUAUGAGGGUUAUAAAUAUUGCACAAAUAAUUCAUAUUAUUCCAUCCAUAAUUAAAUAAAGCUGUAAAUAUUUGA